UGCAGAGGAGGACAGAGGGAGCAGGCUGGGACGCGGCAGAAAGCGCACAGUCUGAUUGGAGCCGAGUUCUGUUCUCUGGGUGUAUUUGAAAUAACACUUUCAUAUACGCGUAUAAUAACAGCGGGACACCUGCAGCUUCAUUUUGCUUUCAUUGAGUCACUCUUCGACAGUAUGACAGGCAGCACCAUCGCCAGGGUGCUGGUUGCCCUGUGUAUCGGGAGCGCAGUGAACUGUAUGCCCAGAGGGACGCACAGGGAUCGGCGUCAGGCGCAUCAGCACCACGUCCCCUCAGUCUCUCAAGAGGGUUGUAUGGAGAAUGGUCAGUUCUAUGGAAUCAGUGAACAGUGGGAGCGGCAGUUUUUGGACAGCACUCUGGUCUGUACCUGCCAUGGAGUUGGAGGAAUCAAGUGUAAAAGCAAACCCCAAGAGGAAAGGUGCUACGAUAAAGUCAACGAGCGGUACUACACUGUGGGAGAAACCUAUGAGAGACCCAAGGACGGCAUGAUCUGGGACUGUACCUGUAUUGGAUCUGGGAGGGGCAAAAUCAGCUGCACCAUUGCCAAUCGCUGUCAUGAGGGCGGGGCUUCAUAUAAGAUCGGUGACACCUGGAGGAGACCCCACGACACAGGAGGCUACAUGCUGGAGUGUGUCUGUCUGGGUAACGGCAAAGGAGAGUGGGCCUGCAAACCUGUUGCUGAGCGCUGUUACGACAAUUCGGCGGGAACAUCGUAUGUUGUUGGGGAGACGUGGGAGAAGCCGUAUCAGGGAUGGAUGGUCAUGGACUGCACCUGCGUCGGGGAGGGAAAUGGACGCAUCACAUGCACCUCCAGAAAUCGCUGUAACGACCAGGAUACUCUGUCCUCCUACCGUAUUGGAGAUACCUGGACCAAGACCGACGCCCGGGGUCACCUGCUCAAGUGUCUGUGCACGGGGAACGGCCGAGGAGAGUGGAAGUGCGAACGACAUGCCUCACUUCACACCACGGGCCUGGGCACUGGCUCCCGUGUUGUCACCAACAUCCACCCUGUGGUCUACCAGCCCGACGCUGUGCCCGAGCACGCCCAGAAUGGAGCCUGUCAGACUGAGACGGGACUGAUGUAUUCUGUUGGCCAGCGCUGGAUUAAGAAACAGGGAACUACGCAGAUGAUCUGUACCUGCCUUGGCACCGGGUCCAGCUGCAACCCAUGGGAUGGACCUGCUCCAGUAUACGGUGGCAACUCCGGUGGUCUGCCCUGUGUGUUCCCUUUUGUUUACAAGGGAAAGACCUACCACUCUUGUACCUCCGAUGGACGUGCUGACGGGCAGCUGUGGUGCUCCACCUCGUCUGACUUUGAGACAGAGCAGAAAUUUUCUUUCUGCACAGAGAAGAACGCAAUCGUGGCAACACGUGGCGGUAAUUCUAACGGCGCUCUCUGCCAGUUCCCUUUCCUCUACAAUGGCAGAAACUAUACCGACUGUACCGCAGAUGGACGAAGGGAUGGCAUGAAGUGGUGCGGCACCACAACAAACUAUGAUGAUGAGCGGCGUUUCGGGUUCUGUCCCAUGGCGGCUCAUGACGAGGUGUGCACAUCGAAUGAAGGGGCGAUGUACCGUGUAGGCGACCAGUGGGACAAGCGUCACGAGGUUCUGGGUCACAUGAUGCGGUGUACCUGUGUUGGCAAUGGCAGAGGAGAAUGGAGCUGCAUUGCUUACUCUCAGCUAAACGGUAGGUGUCCACAUGCAGGCUCUGAACUGUAAAUAUAUAUGAGUUUCAUGAGUUUCAGUGCCCGUGUUUUUUGCAUGCUGUUACACUUCUGCUUUGUGCCCUCAGACCAGUGCCAGGAACCAGAGACGAGAGCCUUUUAUCAGAUUGGAGACUCCUGGGAUAAGGUCAUCCAUGGAAUCAUGUACAAGUGCUACUGCUAUGGCAAUGGUGUUGGAGAGCUGAGCUGUGAGCCCCAGCAGACGUACCCUGGUGGUCACCGCCCCGUCCAGGUGAUCAUCGCAGAAUCUGGAAACCAACCAGACUCCCACCCUAUUCAGUGGAACGCCCAGUCGUCUGCACACAUCACCCAGUACAUCCUUAAAUGGAGAGUGAAAAACUCUCACAGCCCGUGGAGAGAGGUUGCAAUUCCUGGCCAUCUAAACUCGUACACCAUCUCCGGUCUGAAACCCGGCAUCACCUACGAGGGUCAGCUGAUCAGCGUGCUGCAUUUUGGGCGCAAAGAGGUCACACGUUUUGACUUCACCACCACUUAUGGAUCCUUGGCUACAACACAAGGCGAGACCACCCCUCUUCCACCUGUGGUUGACAUCUCAGAGUCUGUAACCGAGAUUACCUCCAGCAGCUUCGUCAUCUCCUGGGUUUCUGCCUCGGACACAGUUUCGGGUUUCAGAGUGGAGUAUGAGCUCAUCGAGCAGGGACAAGGCACUGGACAACCUAUCGUUCUUGAUCUGCCCCGCACAGCUACCUCUGUGAACAUUAAUGAGCUUCUCCCUGGGAGGAAGUACACUGUUAACGUCUAUGAGGUCACUGAGGGAGGAGAGGACAACCUCAUUCUUACUACUUCACAAACAACUGUACCUGAUGCUCCCAAGGAGCACGAAGUGGGGGAAGUGGGAGAUACAUCCAUCAUGAUCAGCUGGGAAAAACCGCUGGCUCCCAUCACUGGUUAUCGUGUGGUCUACACUCCAUCAGUAGAAGGUGAAAGCACAGAGCUGAAUCUCCCUGAUACAGCAACGUCUGUGACUCUGAGUGACCUUCUACCAGGGAGCCUGUACAACAUCAGCAUCUACGCCAUUGAGGACACCCUGGAGAGUGAACCCAUCUUUGUACAAGUCAGCACCUCUGGGGAACCAUUGCCAGGUAAAUUAGUGCUACUGGCUGAUUGGUCUAAAAGAUGUAAGGAAUAAUCCACGAUGGUUCAUGUCAACACCUCUAAUCUUUGCAUAUCUUGGUCCAGACCCUCUGGUGAAAUCUCUGGUUACCGGGUCACCGUGGUGCCCGUCGAUGAGUCUGGUUCUUCUCAGCCAGAGAUGAAUCUGCCCGUCAGUCAGAACGCCUACACUGAAGUGACGCAUCUACAGCCAGGAACGCUGUACCGAUUCAGUGUCUAUGCUGUUCAUAAUGGACAUGAAAGUUUGCCACUUAUUGGAGAGCAAUCCACCAAGCCAGAUGCCCCCACAGACAUCCAUUUUGCCAAUGUGACCGAGGACAGUGCAGUGGUGCUGUGGUUUGCACCCCGUGCCAAAAUUACCGGCUACAGUCUCUUCUUCACUGUUAAGGGCUCCAACCCCAAGCGGCUGCGGCUGCGCCUGCCUGCCCGCCUCACCCAGUACACCCUCCUCAACCUGCAGCCAGAUACCGAAUACACAGUGACUCUGCACGCGGAGCAAGGCAACACCAUGAGUGCGGGAGAGACGGCUUUGUUUACAACCACCCCAGCAAUGGGUAAUGCUCCUCAUUUCAACACUGAUGUGACUGAUUCCUCCAUUAUAAUCACCUGGACUCCAGUUCCCCGCGUUGGCUACAAGCUGACAGUACGGCCCAGUCAGGGUGGGGAAGCCCCGAGAGAUGUGACCUCUGACUCAGGAAGUAUCUACAUUUCCGGUCUGACUCCAGGAGUGGAGUACACCUACAGCGUCCAGCCGGUCAUUAAUGGAUACGAGCAGGGAACUCCAAUCACACGCCGCGUUGUCACACCUCUGUCUCCUCCAACCGAUCUCAAUCUGAAGCCUAACCCAGGCACCGGUGGUGUCACAGUGGAAUGGAAUGGAGCCAGUACUCCAGACAUCACUGGGUACAAAGUGACAUGCACUCCCACUGACGGACAACAAGGAAACAGUGUGGAGGAAUUUGUGGAAGCUGGCGAGAACUCCUGCACUCUGGAAAACCUGAGCCCUGGUGUGGAGUACAACAUCAGUGUUGUCGCUGUUAAAGAUGAGAUGGAGAGCACUCCGGUAUCGACUGUCAUUACACCAGAGCCAGAUGCCCCCACAGACAUCCAUUUUGCCAAUGUGACCGAGGACAGUGCAGUGGUGCUGUGGUUUGCACCCCGUGCCAAAAUUACCGGCUACAGUCUCUUCUUCACUGUUAAGGGCUCCAACCCCAAGCGGCUGCGGCUGCGCCUGCCUGCCCGCCUCACCCAGUACACCCUCCUCAACCUGCAGCCAGAUACCGAAUACACAGUGACUCUGCACGCGGAGCAAGGCAACACCAUGAGUGCGGGAGAGACGGCUUUGUUUACAACCACCCCAGCAAUGGGUAAUGCUCCUCAUUUCAACACUGAUGUGACUGAUUCCUCCAUUAUAAUCACCUGGACUCCAGUUCCCCGCGUUGGCUACAAGCUGACAGUACGGCCCAGUCAGGGUGGGGAAGCCCCGAGAGAUGUGACCUCUGACUCAGGAAGUAUCUACAUUUCCGGUCUGACUCCAGGAGUGGAGUACACCUACAGCGUCCAGCCGGUCAUUAAUGGAUACGAGCAGGGAACUCCAAUCACACGCCGCGUUGUCACACCUCUGUCUCCUCCAACCGAUCUCAAUCUGAAGCCUAACCCAGGCACCGGUGGUGUCACAGUGGAAUGGAAUGGAGCCAGUACUCCAGACAUCACUGGGUACAGAGUGACAUGCACUCCCACUGACGGACAACAAGGAAACAGUGUGGAGGAAUUUGUGGAAGCUGGUGAGAACUCCUGCACUCUGGAAAACCUGAGCCCUGGUGUGGAGUACAACAUCAGUGUUGUCGCAGUUAAAGAUGAGAUGGAGAGCACUCCGGUAUCGACUGUCAUUACACCAGAAGUACCACAGCUGACUGACCUCAGCUUUGAGGAUGUGAGCGACACCACUAUCAGUCUACGCUGGACACCGUUCAACACCAAAGCCAUCACUGGUUACAGGAUCACUGUAGUUGCAGCCGGCGAGAGCGUACCGAUCUUUGAAGACCAGGUGCUGCCCACAACUGGUCAGUACACGGUCUACGGACUGGAACCAGGCAUCGACUAUGACAUCAGCGUUACCACUCUGACGGAGAAUGGCGAGAGCGAGCCCACCACGCUCACUCAGCAGACCUCUGUGCCAGCUCCCACUGAUUUAGCCUUUGGGCAGGUUGGGCCAGACACCAUGGAGGUCACCUGGGUCUCUCCCCAAGUCCCAAACACUGCUGACAUUAACAGUUUCCGUAUCAGGUAUCAUCCCAUCGAUGAUGAAGAUGAGAUAGAGACCAGCGUAGGAGGGACGGCUAACAGUGUGGUGCUAAGAAAUUUGCUGCCCAACACCGAGUACCUGGUGAGCGUGAUGUGUGUUUAUGAGGAGAGGGAGAGCUCGCCUGUGGUUGGCUCUCAGAAAACAGCUCUGGACUCACCCGUCGGCCUGCAGUUCUCUGAGAUCAUGACCAACUCCUUCACCAUCCACUGGUUCGCUCCGCAGAGUAAGAUCAGCGGCUACCGCAUCCGUUACCAGAUGGUCACCGGUGGGAGGUCCAAAGACGAGAGGCUGCCCCCGUCCAGGAAGCACUUCACUCUGACAGGACUCACUCCUGACACAGAGUACUUGGUCAACAUCUUCGCCGUGAGCGGGACAGAGGAGAGCCUGCCGCUCAGCGGGACACAGAAAACAAUCUCCGAUGCUUCCACUGACCUGGAAGUGCUAGACUCGAACCCGACAAGCAUCACUGUCCGCUGGGCUGCUCCCCCAGUUACUGUGCGCUACUACAGGAUCACCCAUGGAGAGUCAGGUGGUCAUGGUAAUCCUAAGGAGUUCACGGUUCCUGGCUCUCAGUCCACCGCCACAAUCUCUAACCUGAAGCCUGGAACUGACUACACUAUCACUGUGUACGCUGUGACCGGCAGAGGAGACAGCCCCGCAUCCAGCAUCCCAAUCUAUGUCACUCAUAAGACAAGUGUCGACUCUCCCUCUGAGAUGGAGGUGACAGAUGUGAAUGACAACAGCAUCACAGUAAGGUGGAGCCCCGCCGCAGGCCCCAUCAAGGGUUACAGGGUGACUGGGGCUCCUAGAAAUGGACUGGGACCAUCUUUUACCGAGGUGGUGGCUCCAGAUCAGACAGAGUUUACUUUUUCAGGCCUGAUGCCGACGUCGGAGUAUACCUUUAGCGUGGUUGCUCAAGUACAAGACGGAGAGAGCUCUCCACAGGUGGUGACUGCUUCGACAAAUGUAGACCGCCCCAAAGACCUGACCUUCUCAGACGUUGAUUCAACCUCACUGCGGAUCACCUGGGACAGUCCCGAGGGAACCGUCACGUCUUACCGAGUGUUUUAUUCAAGUUCUGAAGAGGGGGAGAGAGAGCUGCUUCCUGCUCCCAGAGGAGACGCCGAGUCAGCCGACAUAUACGGUCUCCAGCCUGGCACCGAAUACACCGUGAAGGUCAUUGCUCUGUACGAUGACACAGAGAGCACAGCCGUGGUUGGGACACAAGCUACAGCAAUCUCUCCUCCAACUAACCUCCAGUUCUCCCAGGUCAGCCCUACUUCUUUCAUUAUGCGCUGGGAUAUGCCGGGUCUGGACAAUCAGCUAACAGGGCUCAGGGGCCUCACUGGCUACCGUGUGGUGGUAAACCCAAAGAACAAGAGCGGGCCUACCAAAGAGAUCAACCUGGCCCCAGACACCACUCAGGCACACAUUUCCGGGCUCAUGAUUGCAACCACCUAUGAAGUCAACGUUUAUGCCCUGAAGAACUCUCUAACCAGCAGGCCCGUCCAGGGAGAGGUCGCCACCCUGGAGAAUAUCAGCCCGCCUCGUCGUGUGCGUAUCUCUGAUGUUAACGAUUCCACCAUCACGCUGACAUGGCGGGCCAAGACAGACCCCAUCUCUGGUUUCCUGGUUGAGGCCACGCCCACCCACUCCUCUUCCGGCUACACACCCAUCCAAAACACCAUCAGCCCUGAUUUGCGCUUUUACACUAUUACAGGUCUGGAGCCUGGCACCAGUUAUAAGAUCAACAUCUAUACGCUGAAAGGACAUGGGCGCAGUGUACCUUUCACACUCACAGCGACCACGGCUCAGCCUCUGGUCAUCCCGCCCACAAAUAUUCGCUUCACCUCCCUGAAUCCGAACAGCAUUUCUUUCAUGUGGGAGCCGUCACGCAGCCCAGGCAUUACAGGGUACUACGUCACCUAUGAGGAGGCGGGUGGUCUGCCUCGAGAGGUCCUUCCUAGACCCCAUGCAGGCCAGGACUUUGUUACCAUCAAUGGUCUGAAACCAGGAACGGAGUAUGUCAUUAAGAUCGUAGCCCUGCAGAAUGCUUUGAGAAGCACACCGCUGGUGGGGAAAGCCAGAACCCAACCAGCUCCAGAUUCUCAGCUGUUGUUCCCUGAGCUGCCUCAGCUUCCUGUUCCUCAUCGCCCCACCACUGACAUUCUGGAUGUUCCCGAGUCCUUUGACGACAAAAUUUUUAACUCCAACCACGUCCACCUGGUUGGCACCAGCGGCCAGAACCAGCCAGGCCAGCAGGGUCAGCAUGUCUAUACAGAGUAUCAGGGUCUGGGCCCCAAUAAUGGAUUUGGCCCCUACAGUGGACCCAAGGAAGGCCAGAGACCCACUCUCAAAGAGCCCUUAAUUUAUAUUCCUGUGGCAGGCCCUGAUGGAAACAGAGUACCUUUGGUCAAGGUGAGCGACGGCCCUCUGCCUGGUCUCGCGUUUGGUUUUUCUGACAGUGAAACAGAGAUUCCCCAAGAAGCUCAGACAAUCACAACCAUCUCCUGGAAACCCAUCCCUCACACGACAGAGUACGAGGUGUCCUGUAAUCCUAUCACACACCUGGAGGAAGGAGGCUUCCAGAUGCGUCUCCCUGGCAACUCCACCAGCGCCACUCUGAUUGGACUGACAUCUGGAGCUUCCUAUAAUGUCAUUGUGGAGGCUAUGAAGGGCGGGGCUAAAGAGAAGGUUUUGGAGGAAGUCGUAACCGCUGGUGAUGCUGGUGGCAUCCCCAUCACCCCCAAACGGGAUGUGUGCUACGACACGUUCACACACACCUACCAUGAAGUGGGCUCAGAGUGGGAGCGCAUGUCAGAGACGGGCUUCAAGCUGUGGUGCCGCUGCCUGGGGCUGGGCAGUGGGCAUUUUAGGUGUGAUUCAUCCAAGUGGUGCCAUGAUGGUGGCAAUAACUACCCUAUUGGAGAAAGGUGGGAUCGCCGCGGUGAGGAUGGUCACAUGAUGAGCUGCACCUGUCUGGGCAACGGCAAAGGAGAAUUCAAAUGUGAACCUCAUGAGUCGACUUGCUAUGACGAUGGAAAAAUGUACCAGGUCGGGAAGCAGUGGCAGAAGGAGUACCAGGGAGCCAUCUGUACCUGUACUUGCUAUGGAGGACUACAGGGCUGGCGAUGUGAGAACUGCAGGAGGCCAGGAGGACAGCCUGAGCUGGAGGCUGACCUACUCCAGCCUCCUGUUCGGCCAGACGUCUUUGAUCGUUAUAGAGAAAAUGCUCUUCGCAAACUGAACAUCCAGUGUCCAAUUGAAUGUUUGAGGCCGGAGCUGCUUGCAGACGCUAUCAGCCCACAAGAGUAGAGACGAAAGGAGUACGAGUAAAGGAGGACAAAAUGACGAGAUCCCUAACAGCGUCAGCAUCGCUUCAAGAUGGAAGCCCCCGCCCGCUUUUGUGAAAAGGAAAUAUUCCAUCAGAUUUGUGCCUUAAUUUUUUCCCCACCAAAUUGUAGUGCCUUAACAACACUUUUCUACUCCAAUCCUUGUGCCUUUCAAAGACCUGUAGCAGCUUUCUUUGUGGGUUUUGAGCCUCUUUUCUUCAACAGAACCAGGGAUUUCUUCCAUCAGAGUAAUUUUAGACAAAUCUGUCAGAGCACAAAUCCUGCUGCUUCACCCCCUUGAACGUUCAUUCCCCAAAUGUCCUGUUCUCUCUCUCUCUCUCUCUCUCUCACACACACACACACACACACAGAAGCAGUAUUGUUAUGUGUGUUUUGACUGUCGUAUUGGUGCUUUUGUUUUCAGAACAUUCCUCUUUCAAACACAGAAUGCAAUUAUGCAAAUCUCUAAAUGAUGUCUGUAGCCACCUUUUGUUGCCAUAUCCGUUUUUGGUUUUUUUUUCAAAUGCAUUUAGAUAAUGGUGGAAUGCAUUUUGUGGGUCCAUAUCAAUAGAAAGAGGGAGAGCUGUUUUGCAAAGGCAGUUUCAAAGCCAUGCAGUAUUGCUAUUGUACCCCCAAAAGAACUUUUAGCUCCUGUGGGUCAGUUUUAGUGACAUAUACAGAAAUGACCGUCACCAUCAGAUUAAAAUAAAACUGCUAUGACAGUUUUUAUUAGCAUGAAUCUACAUUCUUUGUAGUGAAGUGUAAUUCCCUUUGUUAUGAGGAAAGCACUCCUGUAAGUAUCCUGUGUAUAUCUGUGGUCUGCUAGUUUGAAGAGCAGCUAAUCUUUUUCAAUGACAAAAAGAUUUGAAACAGCCUUUCUGUUACUUUUGAUGUGUCUGCUAUUAAUCUUUAAUUCACCAUGCAGACGGUCGUCAUCAGCAAUAUGAGUACAAAUUAUAGAACCUAUAAAAAUUUUAAAAGUAAACCCAGAACUGGCUCACCUAAAAAUGUAACUGUUGUUUCAAAAAUAAGUUGGAGAAUUCACCAUAAUUUCCCAGUGGAUUACAUUUUAGUGUUUUUUUUUUAAAUUUUUUAAUUCAGUUCUUUUAUUUAUCCCUUGUUAUUCAGGCAUUUUGUUCAGUGCUAUUUUAGGGUGUACACUUUAUUUUUGAUUCAUUUGUUUUUUAUAUUGUUGGUGCCAGACUCUGAACUACUGUGGACUGAAUCUUUUUAAUAAACUGAUAAAAACA